CAAACCAUUAUAUUCGGCACAUAAAAACUCUGGUGAAGUUAAAACUAGUCCAGAAGCAGCAGCAAGCAAAGUUUGUUGACGCUCUUGGAAGAAAAAAAUGGCAGUACCAGGGCGAAGAAACGGCAUGCUAGAAGACGAAGACAACGACGUCGAAGAAGGUCUCUUCGAAGAAGAUGCUCUCGUUGUUGACGCUCAAUUCGACGACAUUCCUCCUCAUCUUCGUGACCUCGCCGCCGCUUCUCAGUCCGGCGACCUCCCUGCUCUCCGCCUUGCUCUUGAUAACUUGGAUGGCAACAUUAAUGAGCCAGUCGAAGAUGGGGAUACUGCUCUCCACCUUACCUGUCUGUAUGGGCAUUUGCCCUGUGUUCAGCUCCUUUUGGAACGAGGAGCUGCUGUGGAGGCCAAAGAUGAAGAUGGAGCACUUCCUUUGCAUGAUGCUUGUGCAGGGGGAUAUACUGAGAUAGUCCAACUUCUGAUUAGCCGGGCCUCUGAUCCUGAAUGUUUGAGAAGAAUGCUUGAAACAGUUGAUGUCGAAGGUGACACUCCUCUUCAUCAUGCAGCACGAGGUGAACAUCUGGAUGUGAUAAGGUUGCUGCUGGCACAUGGGGCUUCUCCUACUAAGAAAAACAUCUACGACAAAAUUCCAGCUGAACUAGCUGAACCGGAUACGGAAACAAAGAGAUUUCUUGAAGCUGCUGCGAACACUAUAGCAUUCUAGUCAUUGAUGAUCAAUCUCUUGAAUUAGUGUCAUCUUGGUUUCAUUUACUGUGUACUAAACAAGUAGCAUAUAUCUUUAUUUGGUGACCAACUAGAGAAGAACCAUAGAUUUUGGUCGAAAUUUUAAAUGGUGGUUUACCCCAACAACAAAGUAGUCAGCUUAUUUCCAUUGUCUGCAAAGAGAUUUUCACAUUUUUUUUUUGUUCAUAUAUCUGCAAGAGAAUGAAAGCAAAAUGAAUUAUUGAUAUAAAUUGUAACUGGCUUUUACGGUUUUUUUUCCUUGUCUAA